UCGCGAGAUCCUUGGUUUGAACUUGUUCUAGGUGCGCGCUGCGCUGGUCUCCAAUGAGCGCAAAGCACAGCUUCCUCUCGGCUCAUCCGAUGUGCGUCUGUGAGCUGAUGGGAGCAGAUAUCAGGGGGACUGUGAAAUAACUCCUCGUUAUUCUGUCUGACGGGAAUCUUGGUCCUCAGCAUGUGGUCUGUUCGGAACCGAGCGCGGACGGUUCGGACGUGGAGGCAAAACUUUUUCACAGUUUCAGCUACUUUGCGCUUCAAAGGGGUUUCGAUGGCGUUGCUCAUUCAGGGAAGAUGUGGAGAACUGCAUCAACUCAGUUUUGCUCGGCUUCUCGGCUCAAACAGGCCUCUGAAAGGUUUUGAAAAAUUGCUCCCGAAGAGAAAGGAAGGAACUGGCAGCCGAACAUCAGCAGAAAUUAAAAGAAGUAGAGAGCAAGACUCACUUCGGACCAAAAGACGUGAAGGGAAUGAUGGCAGUGGUGAAAGAGAAAAGGAGAGAUCUCAGUGGUAUAAACGAUUCAAGAAGGAUUUUCCCUUUGAUGAAAGGACUGUCCAGAACGUUGCUCUCGGCGCUGCGGGCAUGACCGCAGCCUUUUUGUACUUCCACUUCAGAGAAACUGGAGUCCAGAUCUCCUGGAAGGAUUUUGUUCUGUAUCUGAGCAAAGGCUUGGUUGGUCAUGUAGCGGUGGUCAAUAAACAGUAUGUCAAAGUGUUUCCGGCCGAUGGAGUGAACUCAUCAGAAGUGGAUUAUUUGUGGUUUAACAUUGGCAGCGCGGCCUCAUUUGAACACAAGCUGGAGAUGGUUCAGGAGGAAAUGGGCCUGGACUCCACACAGAAAGUACCCGUCCUCUACACCAGUGAAAGUGACGGGACGAUGGUUUUAAGCGUUCUCCCUACGUUCCUCUUGGCUGGCUCCUUACUGUUUGCGAAGCGACAGGGGCCCAUAGCCGGAGCACACGGCGGCAGUUUGAAAGGAAAUCCAUUCAGCAUCAAAGCAUCUAAAGCAAAGAUAAUUAAAGACUUUGGAAAUGUUUGCUUUAAGGAUGUGGCAGGCUGUGAAGAGGCCAAGCUAGAGAUCUUUGAGUUUGUGAAUUUUCUGAAAAACCCAAAUCAGUACCGGGAGUUGGGAGCCAAGAUCCCAAAGGGUGCGCUGUUAUCUGGGUCCCCUGGAACUGGGAAGACGUUGCUGGCGAAGGCCACAGCAGGGGAGGCCAAUGUCCCCUUCAUCGCUGUUAAUGGCUCCGAGUUUCAGGAAGUUUUCGCUGGGGUGGGACCCGCAAGGAUGAGAGACCUGUUUGCCAUGGCUCGCAAGAUGGCGCCCUGCAUUGUUUUUAUCGACGAGAUCGAUGCGGUCGGCAGGAAAAGAGGCAGCGGGAGCUUUGGCUGGCAGAGCGAGCAGGAAAACACUCUGAACCAGUUGCUUGUGGAAAUGGAUGGAUUCAACAGCAGCACCGACAUUGUCGUGCUAGCCGGCACUAAUCGAGCUGAUGUCCUAGACCCGGCUCUGAUGAGACCCGGCCGCUUUGAUCGACAUGUAUAUUUGGGCCUGCCUGAUAUAAAGGGCAGAGCAUCCAUCUUUAAAGUGUAUCUGAGACCCUUGAAGUUGGAGCCUUGUUUAAACCUUGAAGCUUUGUCCAGGAAGUUAGCUGCACAGACCCCGGGUUUCACAGGGGCUGAUAUUGCCAAUGUUUGUAAUGAAGCUGCACUGAGAGCUGCACGUCAUGUCAGCCAGUGCAUCAGUGCCGAGCACUUUGAGCAGGCUGUGGAGAGGGUCAAUGGAGGUCUGGAUAAAAACACUCAGCCGUUACAGCUUGUGGAAAAGACAACCGUGGCGUAUCACAGGGCUGGUCAUGCCGUAGCAGGAUGGUUCCUGGAGCAUGCAGAACCACUGCUUAAGGUUUCCAUUGCUCCUCGAGGGAGAGGUUUGGGUUAUGCACCGUAUUUAUCUAAGGAGCUGCACCUGCUGAACCAGGACCAGCUGUUCGACAGGAUGUGCGUGAUGUUAGGAGGACGCGUGGCCGAGCAGGUUUUUUUUCGACGAGUCAGCACCGGGUCCCAGGACGACCUCAGGAAAGUCACUCAGACGGCGUACGAGCAGGUUGUUCAGUUCGGCAUGAACAAGGCUGUGGGCCACGUUUCUUUUGACCUCCACCUUCAGCAAAACGCCGUCACAGAGAAGCCCUACAGUGAGUCGGCAGCGCAGCUCAUAGAUCAGGAGGUCCGCUCGCUUGUAGACGUCGCCUUCCAGCGAACACUCCAGCUUGUUGUCGACAAGAAGGAGAUGGUGGAAAAGGUGGCGAAGCGUCUGCUAGAAAAAGAGAUUCUGGACCGAACGGACAUGGUGGAGCUUCUAGGACCUCGACCUUUUCAAGAGAACGGCUCGUAUGAGGAGCUUUGUGAAGCACUAGAAUUUGAAGAGGAAACUCCACAACCCGAAGGACUAAAGUGUGGAGGGGAUGAUAAACAGAACAAAUCACCUUUUCACAUGAUUCAUUAACAAAUUUACUGCACCUUUCAGAAAUAUUAGCAUCCCCUGAACUUAACAUUUUGUCAUUACAAUCACAUCCAUCCAUAUUUGAUGGGGAUUUAUGCUGUACACCAGUACAAAGCAAGGGAGGCUUUUUUUUUUUUACAAAUCUCCAAAAAGGGCUGAUGUUUUCACAAUGACUUGAAAUUUUCUAGAACCAAAUCUACAUGAAAUAUUUGCCUUGUUUGCAAAAAUAUUUCAGUUUCUGCAAGAGUGUAUGUAAGAGUGGAUGUGUGAUACUCAGAUCUUAUGAUAGAUUGCUAAAUUGAAUAUGAUCUCCCUUUGAUUAGCUCACGACUCUGCUUUGAUCUAAACCAUUUGAUUUGAAUCAUUACAUUCAGGCUCUAGCAGGUUUUCUUCCCUGGAUUUAGCUACAUCUAUCCCCCAUCAACUCUGACAACAGCUGAGAAUGUGACCUGCACUUUAUCUCAUUGGGUUUCAAUAAUGUCCUCUGGAUGAAGCUGCACCCUGAACUUCACUGAGUUUCCUUCAAAAAUGACUUUUUUGACCCUUUUUCUAUGAAGACCACACUGCUGGUCUUCAUAGAAAACUCCUGGACAGGUUGGGUGUAAUACUGUUUUUAUUUUAUUUUCUUAAUAUUUAUUUUUAUUUAGCGUUAUCAGUGAAAACAAAUGCAUGCCACACUUUUUAGAAACUAUAAAUUUUUUAUUUUUUUUCUCCAACUCAAUAAUUUCAAUUCACUACUUUGUGCUGGUACAACAUGUAACAUUCCAAUAGAGAGGAAUUUGUGGCUGUAGCCUGACAAAAUUCAGCGUGUGCAGACUUUCUGUGCACUGAAAUGCCCAUUGACCAAGUUUUUGUAAAAUUUGCUCUAUGGACAAAUGAAAGAAGUUAUUACUGUAACUUGAUCAUCUCCGUCAUAAAAUAUAGACAAUUUUUUCCCUCCCCGAUUUUUAAAAAAUUAAGAAAUCCGUUUUGGAAAUUAGGAUUUUUAGAAAAUUUGUUUUAUUUUGUUUCAUGAUGUUAAAAAAUGCCUUCUCCGUCAUGUUUUCCAUAACUUUAAGGUCAGACAGACGUUUUAGAUGCAAAUAUUUCUUUAACCAAGACUAGUGCUUUUAAUUCAUGGACACGGAAAUCACUGUAUGACUUUAUAUUGUUUGUAAAUGACAUUAGCUCAAUGUUUAUAUUUUCUGUUCCUGCUCAGAACAAAUAGGUUUAAAACAUUUGUUCACGUUUUGCUUAAUAUGACACUUUUUCGGGAGUGCUGUGGUGGCGUAGGGGAUAGCGAUUCCUGGACCCGACCGACAUUGGCCGCAUGUCUUCCCCCCUGUCUAUCCCCCAUUCCUGUCAGCCUACUGUCAUAUAAGGGACACUAGAGCCCACAAAAGACCUCCUGGAGGAGAAAAAAUAAAUAAAUAUGACACUUUUUCAAAUGUUUUUUAAAUUAGAAAUCAGAAUGAAUGACGUUACUUGCAGAACCUGAUCUUCUGUCUCAGUAGUCUUAAAAAAUUAUUGCCAUAGAAAUUGAUUUAAAUUUUUUUAAUUCCUCCUGUGGGUAAACUUGUUGCAGACACCAGAAUAACUUUAAAUUGGCUUCUCUGAAAUUUUAUACAUUUUCAUUUACAUUUAUAAAAUUUCUUACAAAAAAGAAAGGUGUUUGCUGGAUAUGAAAAUGACGAUACAAAACUUAAAAGGAGCCACAAUUUUAUUGAAUCCUCAACCGACCUCUAGCAUCAUAUUUGAUCCACAGCAUUCAGAGUUGACAGUCCUAUAGGCAGGCUGAACAUGUGACAAACCAAGCAAUCCGUUAUCCAUUCACUGACAGUAAAGAAAUAUCUUGAGUUAAUUUUACUAUUAAAACAAAUGUUGGCACUUUGUUACGUUUUUUUUUUGUUUGUUUGUUGGGUUGUUUUUUUUUUUUUGGCAUCCACACAAAUUAUGAUGACCUUUGCUUUGAAUGUAUUUUCUUUUCAAGUUCUGCUCAUUUGCAUCCCUGGAGCAUCGACUGUGGCAGCCACACAUUUCUCUGAGGGUUGGAGGUUGGAGGGAAUCGGUAGCAAAGAAGAAGAAAAAAAAUCUUACUAUGGAACAAAUUAUUGCAAGUUGCUGCUACUUUGUCUGUUUACUUGACUUUACUUGUCUACAAUCCUGCAGGGGGCGCUGGCUAUACAAUUUAGAGAAAGAAG